GUGUGUUUUGAGGUAUAUUAUAGUGUCUGGUCUGCCUUCAGUUUUAGUGGUAUUGGGGUUAAUGUUUUUGGGUUUAUAUUAUUUUAUUUAUUUUGGAUUUGCAUUAAAGUUUUGUUUAUUUCCAUUUUUGUUGUGGGUAUAUCGGUUUCUGUGCCUUUAAUUUAUAAGAUUAGAGUGUGUAUCGGUAUUUUAUAUUCUUCAAUAUAUUUGUUGUUAAUAUGGAGAAUUUAUAGUUUUUCUGAACAGUUUUUCUUAUAUAAGCUAGCUAGUGGUGAACGUAAGAUAUUAGGGUAUUCUCAAUAUCGUAAGGGCCCUAAUAAGGUUAGUUUUUUAGGAUUGUUUCAAAGUUUUGCUGAUUUGUUGAAGUUAAUUGUUAAGUUUAAGUGGUUUUAUUUUCAAAGUCGUAAUUUUGUUGGUUUAAUUGGUGUAAUGUUAUUAGUUUUGUUGUCUAUAUUUUAUUGUUUUGUUUAUGGUAAUUAUUAUGGAUCAAAGAUAGGCAUAUUAUGUGAGACUAAUCGUACUCCGUUUGAUUAUGGUGAAGCUGAAAGAGAAUUAGUUAGCGGAUUUAAUUUUGAGUAUAGUGGGGUGAUUUUAUUUUUUGGGGAUAGUAUAUUUAGCAUGAUUUUAUUGUUUAUAAAUUUGUUAUUUUUUAUGUGGGCGCGUGCUACAUUGCCACGUGUACGUUAUGAUUUUUUUGUGAAAUUUUUUUGA